CGUCACAUAUCCAAUCGCGAGCUUCGUUCCAACUUGAAUUUUUUUGUUUUCAAACUCCCAGCGAUAACUGCGGAACAGCUGAUGAUCUGUCAGAAGUCACUCACUUUAAAUUGGAGUAUAGUAAAGAUUUCAACAUUCUUUUCUGUGAGUUUGUGGAGGCUGAACGCAAGUGCAAACUGGGAGGCAAGCACGUGUUCUUCCGAGUGGUAUGUGCCAGACGGUUGUGAAGGAGAUUGUAUUUGGAUCGAAAAUAUUCUUAAUAUUCAGUUGGUGAUCAUUAUAGCAAUAUGGAAGAUAAAAAGAGACCUACAAAGCGUCAAAUGAAAGAGGAUGAAGCACCCAUGGAAAUUGACAGGGGCAUUGAAGGCAGAAGUAAACCGGAUAAAUCUCAAGCGAAAAAAAUGAAACCCACAAUACCUAGUGAAUUUAGGAAAAUUUCUGUGCCGUAUCAUAGAUUUACCCCCUUGAAGGAACAUUGGAUGAAAAUAUUCACACCAAUUGUAGAACAUUUACAUCUGCAAGUUCGUUUCAACUUGAAAUCGAGUAAUGUUGAGAUUAGGACAUGUGAGGCCACUGAAGAUGUGGCUAACAUUCAAAAAGCAGCAGAUUUCGUGAAAGCAUUUGUGUUGGGAUUUGAGGUUGAAGAUGCGUUAGCUCUUCUACGUUUGAAUGAUUUAUUCAUAGAAUCAUUUGAAGUGCAAGAUGUUAAGCCGUUGAAAGGUGAUCAUGUUUCACGAGCUAUUGGACGAUUAGCUGGUAAAGGAGGCCGGACCAAAUUUACAAUUGAGAAUGUCACAAAAACUAGAAUAGUUAUUGCUGAUACUAAGAUUCAUAUUCUAGGGUCUUUUCAAAAUAUUCAGCAUGCACGAAGAGCAGUAUGUAAUCUUAUUUUGGGAAGUCCUCCAUCUAAAGUUUACGGUCAGUUGCGAGCUGUUGCUAGUCGGAUAUCAGCCAGAGUGUAAAAAGUUUGUAAUGUUACUAAUUACAUUUAUAAUGGUGAAAUUUAAUUUUUGAUUAAAUAUUGUUUUUCUUGAGAAUUGAAAGCAAACUGGUAUAAACUAUGUGUGUAGAUUUAAUGUAUCAGAUGUCAAAAAUAAUGUGAAGUGCAUUUAAUGAAUUGUAAAGUAGUUUCGAUUAUUCUGCUCAUAAAAUAUUGAAAAAUUGGAAUAGUUGUACCAAGUGUAAUAUAAAAUACUUUUUUAAGUUAACAAAUGAAUUUUCAUGUAAACUCUGGUAUUGAAAUGGUGUAUUAAACUCUGAAAAUUAACUCUUGGAUUGUUCAUUUUAUUUAUGUUUAACAUCCUACCUCCAAUGUCUACUGCAUUGAAAAGC